AUGGGUCAGCAACACUGCGGUUGUGGACCUUGUGACAAGGAUGAGGGGGAGACGGCGGGCAAGGUGGAUGACGUUGGGCGAUCUGGCUAUGCUCUUGAUAAGGCAGCUGAAGAGACCAUCUUCGAGCCACCCAACGCGCCCUUUGCUUUGAAGGAUGGUCGGCUGCAACCAGACCAAGCUUUGGUUGAUGCACUGGCAUCAUCCCUUGAAGAUGCGAAGUCUGCCGUCAGCAAAGCAUGGGCCAAAUUUCGUGGAGAAUUCGGUGUGCAGGUAAGUAUAUGGGGAAGCCUGGCAAUAGGGUCUCAGCGAGGAGACAAGACCAAGAAACAAGGCCGCGACGAGGCGAAGAGGGGCAUCGAAGCGGCGCUGCAGCAGUUCGAGACGGACCCUUUCGAGGCGGCCAACUCACUGGAAGAGACUUUGAAAGGUCCAGCUGCUGGUGCCCUGAACAACGCGACCCUGGCAGCAGCGAAGCAGAUUCAGAUAAAGACCACCCAGGCAUCCAGGAGGGAGGAGCUUUCAACAUUGCUGUCUCAAAAGGAUGCAGCAGUGAAGAUGGCGCCUUUGCACUUGGAACGCCUCAUUGAGGAGUGCGGCUUUGAAAAUGCUGACUUGGAAUCCUCAGUGCGAUCGCUGCUUGAAAUGACCAGGGGCACGCUGUCUGUAGAGCAGUGA